GCCUUUGGCCCUGUUCGAGGUCAACCAGCCCAGAUGGAAAUUGUUCCUGUGACUUUGUUUGAUUUCCUUCAGACUCUAAGCCUCCAGCCGAGCUUCCCUGCACAGAGCAGGUCUCCAGUGGGACAAUUUUCGUAUUGCAAAAAGUUUUCCACGUUUUAAAGCAAAACUCACACCUCUCCUUAUCGCCGGGAAUACCGACAUUGCAAGUGAGCUGAACGCAGGCAGCAAUUUACAAGCAUGUCAUAGAGUCUAAACACUAAAUCCAUUCUCAUUAGACUAAUACCUAUUCUGAGCGAAACUAGCAUACAGGUGACCUGGUCUGGGCUUCAGCGAGUCUGUUAGGUCUUAGCUCACGCCUGCAGCCCAGGCACGGACGGGCAUCUGGCACAGCCAACAUCACAUACUUGGGAAUCUGAAAUUCCCACGAGGCGACUAGCUGCACCUUUCAAUUCUUAAACCCCUGCUGAAUGCUGGCCUUGUGGCUUUGCAGACCUUGUAGCUCUCAGCUUCUCCUGACUGCUUGGGAUUCACACAAAGAGGAGAAAGAAGCUUCUGGCUUUUUCAGCUCCCAAGCAGUGGUACGAUUUGGAAGACAAAAGACAAAAAAUGUUCCCUCUGCACCUGCCCCAUAAACUGCAUCCCAAAUUCUGAAGGUAAAAAGCUUUUCUCCCCCGACAGGAACUGUAAGGGACACAGGGGCAUGGUGAGCCCAAUGCUGAGAUGCAGCCACCGCUGGAGUGGGGCAGCCAGGGAACAGCCACACACAAUGCCACACAGGGACAGCUUGCCCGACACUGAGACGCAGCCACCUCUGAGGGCAGGGAACAGCUGCACAGUACCACCCCCAGGAGCGAAAGCUUUCCACUCCAUGAACUUCAUUUUACCAAGAACCAGCUCACCGGUUCUCAGUCCUGCCCACACAUCCUGAAUGCAGCGGCAUUUAGUGUCACUGUCUUUUCCUGCACUCUCAGCCCCUGUAUUUUGUCUAGAUUCAUCAGCUGCAGGAGUCUCAGAGCUGGCCAGUUCUCAGCACCCGGUGAGCCAUCCCCAUGCGGUGUUAUGUGCAGCUGUUCUCAAGUUACCCUGACUCAGACCUGGCUGCAUCUCAGUGCCAGGUCCCAGCACUUCCAAGCCCUCCCCCCAACACACACACAUGGUCCUUGCCAUGCUGCUGCCCCUGCUGCUCUGCCUCCUGCCCAGCGCCCUGCUGCCCCCCGGCGCCUGCACGAGGGCCCGGAGCUCCCUGUCCAAGAAGUGCAGCUCCCUGCAGUACUGGCACCAGCAGGCCCAGGCCUGCGUCCCCUGUGAGAACGGCUACGCACACAGAGUCCCACUGCACGGACUGGAAUUCACCGUGAACUGCGGCGUGAGGGACACAGGCGGCCGCUUCGCAACUCCCACCCAGGAGUGUCCAUCCAAAUCCUUCAACGAUGGGCGAUUCCUGCUGUGCCAGCCCUGCUCCCAGUGCCCGCCCGGCACCGAGCUCAGCCCCUGCACCCGCCUGCAGGAUGCCCGGUGCUGCCCCCCGGGGCAGCGGCGGGGGCCGGAUGGGAGGUGCCGGCCCCAGUGCUGCUUCCCCACCGAGCGGUGUCACCCUGCGGUCCGGGCUGACAUCGACUGCAACAGCCCAGCGGAGGCUCCCGGCGCCGAGUCUUCUGCCUCCCCCCCGCCGUGCUGGCCUGGGGCCUCCCCCACGUCGCUUCCGUCUGCAGAGGGGCCGGGGGGCUCUGCUUCGGCCCCCCCCUCUGGGACCCCUGGAGCGCCCGGAUCCUGCAGCCACACGGCAGGCUAUGGGGGGCACGUCGCUCUUCUGACGCUGCUGCUGCUGCUGCUGGUGCUGCUGAGUGGGUCCUUCGCCCUCCUUGUCUGGACAAAGCGUGGCUGGUGCCCCCACCAGGCCUCCAGCUCCAUGGCUAAGCCCCAUCUGCUGCUUCACCCCCAGAGUGCAGAGGAGACAUCUGGCAUCAUAGCACCCACCAUUGGCCAUGCAGGCCUGUGGGGGGCACCACUGCAGCACCUGCUGGAUGACCCAGAUGUGCUGGAGGAGCUGAUCAUGCUGCUGGACCCUGAGGGCAAGGCUGGGGCAGGCACCCGGCACCUGGCUGCCCGCUACGGCCUCUCAGCCACCUGGAUUGACUAUGCCUAUUCCCUGCGCAGCACGCGCAGCCCCCUGCGCGCCACCCUGGAGACAGUGGCUGCCCGCCAGCCUGAUGCCACGCUGGGGCAGCUGGCUGGGCUGCUGACUGCCAUGGGGCGCAAGGAUGCCCUACAGGUGCUGGAGGGAGUGCAGGUGGGGGUGUGAGGUGCAUGCCUGGACAGACAUGCAACAUCCUUGCCAACCACAGGAAGGAAAUGAGCCAGGACCGUGUUCACACUGCCCUCCACUCUCUAGCUGUGCCACCUCACUAUCCCAUCUAUCCUCCUCCACAAGAAUCACAAGGCAGCUGGGUUCUCAGGUGCCAGCCUCCCCCGGGUGCAGGGGGGGGGGUAGUAAUCCACCAAGAACCAUCAAGGAGUGUAGUUAGAGUGAAGACCAGGACACCUGGGUUGCCAGGUGGCUGGGGGCAGCUGUUAAGAGCAGGCCUGGCCCCCCCCCCCACUGGAGGAGAGUUGAGGGUCAAUCAGGCAGAGGGGCUGCCUUCUCCCACCUAGUCUCAGAGCCCAUGGUGCAGACAGUCACAUCAAAGGGCAGCAGGAGGCACCUAAGCCACAUUGGAGACCUUGACACCACCCUCAGCCCAGGAGACAGUGACUGACGGAUGCAGGACAGGAGCAUCUGGUAACUGCCACACUGCAGCAACCUAGGAGGACAGCUUGCCCAGUACUGAGAUGCAGCCACCUCUGGAGUAGGGAACAGCUGCACAUAAUGCCACAUGGGGCCAGUCUCUGCAAUGAACCUGUCCCGAGCAGCAGGCACAGGCCCUGAAGGUCCCUAAGGAGUCAGCGGACGCUGCCCCGUGGAACUCUGCCUGGAGGCGUGAGACUAGGGAGGAAUGGGAAUAGAUCCUACAGGCGCAGAGCACCCCCCUCGGCCAGCAGCCUCCUCCUGGGGUAACAGAUGGUG